AAUAAUAAUAAUAAUAAUAAUAAUAAUAAUAAUAAUAAUAAUAAUAAUAAUAAUAAUAAUAAUAAUAAUAAUAAUAAUAAUAAUAAUAAUAAUAAUAAUAAUAAUAAUAAUAAUAAUAAUAAUAAUAAUAAUAAUAAUAAUAAUAAUAAUAAUAAUAAUAAUAAUAAUAAUAAUAAUAAUAAUAAUAAUAAUAAUAAUAAUAAUAAUAAUAAUAAUAAUAAUAAUAAUAAUAAUAAUAAUAAUAAUAAUAAUAAUAAUAAUAAUAAUAAUAAUAAUAAUAAUAAUAAUAAUAAUAAUAAUAAUAAUAAUAAUAAUAAUAAUAAUAAUAAUAAUAAUAAUAAUAAUAAUAAUAAUAAUAAUAAUAAUAAUAAUAAUAAUAAUAAUAAUAAUAAUAAUAAUAAUAAUAAUAAUAAUAAUAAUAAUAAUAAUAAUAAUAAUAAUAAUAAUAAUAAUAAUAAUAAUAAUAAUAAUAAUAAUAAUAAUAAUAAUAAUAAUAAUAAUAAUAAUAAUAAUAAUAAUAAUAAUAAUAAUAAUAAUAAUAAUAAUAAUAAUAAUAAUAAUAAUAAUAAUAAUAAUAAUAAUAAUAAUAAUAAUAAUAAUAAUAAUAAUAAUAAUAAUAAUAAUAAUAAUAAUAAUAAUAAUAAUAAUAAUAAUAAUAAUAAUAAUAAUAAUAAUAAUAAUAAUAAUAAUAAUAAUAAUAAUAAUAAUAAUAAUAAUAAUAAUAAUAAUAAUAAUAAUAAUAAUAAUAAUAAUAAUAAUAAUAAUAAUAAUAAUAAUAAUAAUAAUAAUAAUAAUAAUAAUAAUAAUAAUAAUAAUAAUAAUAAUAAUAAUAAUAAUAAUAAUAAUAAUAAUAAUAAUAAUAAUAAUAAUAAUAAUAAUAAUAAUAAUAAUAAUAAUAAUAAUAAUAAUAAUAAUAAUAAUAAUAAUAAUAAUAAUAAUAAUAAUAAUAAUAAUAAUAAUAAUAAUAAUAAUAAUAAUAAUAAUAAUAAUAAUAAUAAUAAUAAUAAUAAUAAUAAUAAUAAUAAUAAUAAUAAUAAUAAUAAUAAUAAUAAUAAUAAUAAUAAUAAUAAUAAUAAUAAUAAUAAUAAUAAUAAUAAUAAUAAUAAUAAUAAUAAUAAUAAUAAUAAUAAUAAUAAUGAUAAUAAUAAGAAAAAAAGGUCUUCCAUUUUCUAUGCCAAUGUCCUGCCCUCGCUAGGAAUAGAAUACUCUUUCAGGGGAGUGAAUUCUUUAUUGUCAUCAAAGACUUGA